AUGGGAGGAGUCAGAACUAAAACUGUUAAGAGAGCCGCAAGAAAUAUUAUUGAAAAGUAUUAUCCACUUUUAACUCUUGACUUCCAUACUAACAAACGUGUUGUUGAUGAAGUUGCUGUUGUUGAAACUAAAAGAUUAAGAAAUAAAAUUGCUGGUUUCAUUACUCAUUUAAUGAGAAGAAUCCAAAAAGGUCCAGUUAGAGGAAUUUCUUUCAAACUUCAAGAAGAAGAAAGAGAAAGAAGAGAUAAUUAUGUUCCAGAAAAAUCUGAAGUUAAUAUUGAUAAAAUUACUGCUGAUCCAGUUACUCUCAAAAUGCUUGAAUCAAUUGGAAUGCCAAUUAAUAAAAAGAAUUAA